CUGUCAUCUUCCGUCAGGCAUGCUCCCCUAGACCUCUCUCAGCAGACACCUUCCCACCAUCACGUCCUUUCUGAAGCCUUCCCGCCCCCUCCGUGACUGCUGCCCUGAGGCGCUGUCUCCCCAGCACCCUGGGCACUCCGGAAGCCUUGUGAACCGAACCUGCUCUGCCUGGGAAGGGCUGGAAGGAGCCCCAGAGGGGGACCAGGUGAGGUGAGGAGGACACGGCUGGUGGGGGUUGUCUGGGGCUGUGGGCUGGCCUUGAGGAGCAGGACAGAGGAGGCCACCCAGAGGUCCUGACUGCAGGGGCCCAUCCUCUACUGCCCAGGAGCGCGGGGUCUGUGCCCCAGCACAGGGCCCGCCCAGCAGUCGUUUGGGGGUGAUGGUUGAGUGAUUGAAUGGAGGAACCACAGGUAGAAAGAGAAGGUGUGGGGUGCAGGGCCUUGCGAGUGGUCCCACCCCAGCAGGCAGGAGGGUGGGGCGGGGCCCAGUGGGUGGCGGCCCCUCCCGGUUUCCUCCUCUGGGAGCCUAAGCCAGGCUCAGUCCCCCGCGAGCGAGCGCUGGGCACAGCAGCAUGGGCAGCGACAGGAGAGGCGUGCGGGGCCCGCGGGGCAGGAGCCCGCGGGGCAGGGACGGGCCGGCCCCCACGCGCUGCGUCCAGGCCGAGUGCUUUGACCCUCUGGUCCGAAACUGCGUGGCCUGCAAGCUGCUCCGGACGCCAGAACCCAGACCGGCAGCCGGGCCCAGCAGCCUGGCGCCCGGGACGGCGCUGCAGCCGCAGGAGUCGGUGGGCCCGGGGGCCGCCGCGGAGGCCGAGGCCGCGCUGCCGCUGCCCGCGCUGCUCUUCGGCGCCCCCGCGCUGCUGGGCCUGGCGCUGGCCCUCGUGCUGCUGGGGCUGCUGGGCUGGAGGUGGCGGCGGCGGCUGCGCGCGGCGGCUCCCCCGGGGGCCCCGGACCCGCGCCCGCACCCGCACCCGCGCGAGACCCUGGACAAUGUCAUCAUCGUCCCCCCGGGACCCCUUGACGCGACAGCUCCCGUGUGGCCUCCAGCCGGAGACGACCCAGCCAACACCCCACCUGCCCACAGCGUCCCUGUGCCAGCCACAGAGCUGGGCUCCACCGAGCUGGUGACCACCAAGACAGCUGGGCCUGAGCAACAGUAGCACCGGAGGGGCCAGGAGGUGGCCCCUGUCCUCCCUGUGGGCUGUCAGCCAGUGACCUGGAGGGUGGACUCAGGUCUUCAUCACAGGGGCCACCUGCCCCUCUUCUGGGAACCAGGCUGCUCCUCAGCUAACCCUGCAGAACCACAGACUACAGGCCACAGGGCUCGGGCGGCACAGAGCCUUUGGCUUCAAACCAGACCAUCUCUGGCAGCCCUGGAAGGUUGUGGCUGAGCUCCUCUGCUUUUGAGUGGUGGGGGCGCGUCGCGUAGGAGGUUCUUCUUUCAGUGCCAGAAAGCCACCGUAAACCAGAAUGAAUCUAGGAAGAGGAUCAAGUGCGAGGAUGCUUAAUUUAUAGCUGGGUGUUGUAUUUCUUUAAUACUUGCUCUCAGAGUUGUCCCGCUUUUAACUGAGGCUAAUGGCAACCACAAGUAACCAACUGACUGGUUUGCUUCAGGAUCUAAUACAAGAUGAUUUGAUUUUAACAAAUAGCCUGGGUUGUGCUAAUUCUCA